AUGGUACGGAGGGGUUUCGCAGCGGACGCUGCCUUUACGAACGAGAAAAUGAUCACCUUCAAAGUUGGUCAUGGAGGCAAGGCCGUGUUCCUGGUUCCUGAGGACCGCAUCCGUGCCUCGUCCGAGUUCGUCGACGCAGCGAUGAGGGGACCAUGGCAAGAAUCGCAAGAGCGUGUCAUCACCCUGCCCGAGUUUGACAGGCAUACCUUUGGUAUCUACUUUCAGUGGCUUGUUACAGGCGUCAUCCACAGCAAACCCAGUCCCACCGAUGGAGAAGACCAGUUAGCUGAGCUCACGAAAGACUUAUACCGGGAAAUCCUUGGACUACCUCAAUUGUUUGAUCUGGGUCACUUCUUAAUCGACGCUGACUUUAGAGACACUCUUAGCGAUAUUCUCACACAAUGCGCUAGCGAUAUUCGGGGAUUGUCAAUCAUGUUCCCGCCCAUUUACGGUUCGAGGUUCUACGAAAACACACCAGAAGGCUCGCCAACUAGAAAGCUUGUCGCAGAUCUUGUUGCCGAGUGCAUUGAACAAUACCAGCCCAAGGGGCUCGGAUUGAAUCAAGACACUGUGCAUUCUGACUACAUCAUGGAUCUUCUUCUUGCCGUGUCUGACAGGCUUGGUUCUCGGUUUACUAAGUCACCACUGCGUGGCUGGCAGACGAGCUGCAAGUAUCACUGUCACGGCGACGAGAAGCCUUGCUACAGGAAGAAAGUCGGCACGUCUCGCACUAUCCCAACGAAGCGCCCAGCUCCCAACGACACACAGUCACCAGACGCAAAGCGACGUGCUUGA